CAAUGUACCGUAGCUGAAAAUUACACUAUAUGUCAUUCGUCAAAGGUGACAUAACCUCACUUUAUCCGGCGAAAUCGCGAAAUUAAUAACACUUCCAGUGUUGUGAUGCGUAUUGUCCCCUGCACUCUUUUCGCGCAUCUUAAAAAAUUAAUUCACACCCCAACAAUGGCGAAGAGCAAAUUCGAAUACGUUAGGACUUUCGAGACCGAAGAGAAACUUCUUCCAAAUAGUUGGAUCGUGGUCAGGAUUGACGGCAGAGCAUUCCACCAGUUUUCAACGAAACACAACUUUAAAAAACCCAACGAUUCCAACGCUCUAGCGCUUAUGAAUAAGGCGGCUUCCGUUGUCAUGAACGAAUUCAAAGACAUUUCGCUGUGUUACGGACAAAGUGACGAAUAUUCGUUCGUUUUGCGCAAAGACACGACUUUAUACAACCGUCGGGCCCCCAAAAUUAUGACCUACAUUAACAGUUUAUUUUCGGCGUCGUACGUCUUUUAUUGGAGUCACUUUUUUAAAGAGACGAAAUUGAAAUAUCCGCCGGUGUUUGACGCUAGAGUAAUUCUGUAUCCGAGCGAUGAGAACUUGAGGGACUACUUAAGCUGGAGACAGGCCGACUGUCAUAUAAAUAAUUUAUAUAAUACGACUUUCUGGGCGCUGGUGCUUAAAGGAGGGUUAACAAAUGCUGAAGCGGAAAAAAGACUAUCUGGGACACUAUCUUCAGACAAAAACGAGAUUCUGUUCAGCGAAUUUGGGACCAAUUAUAACAACGAACCCGAAAUGUUCAAAAAAGGCACCAUUUUAUUACGAAAGAGGGUGAAAAACCCCAAACACGGAAAAACUCGUGUGGUUGUUCUUCCAUUCCAUGAAGAUCUGAUUCAGGAUAGUUUUUGGGAACGCAAUUCCGAGAUUCUUGGUAUUAAAACGGCGCAACAUUACGAGUGGCCUGAAAACACCCCCUUACCACUCCUAGUGUUAUCCCAACUACAUUUGGACCCCGAUCGCGACGAAGAGCUCACCCUCAUUGAAGACACAACCUAAGCUGUAGCAUAUUUUUAUUAACACAGAAAACUAAUUUGAAAUAAUUAAAAUCAUAACAUUUAUAA